UACCUGAACCAGACAUAAUUGGACACAGUGUUGACACUGAUUUGUUAGUAAAGCUGCUGUUUUGUGUAUAUUUUCGGUUUCUCCUGGACUAUUCAAGAGCCAAUGGAUGUAAUCAAGUGUUUGCGCUCCCUCCUGGACCUCCAUGUUCAGCUGCAAAAAGCUGUAGCAAUUCAGGGAGAGAUCCAGGCACAGUUUCUUGCUCAGCUGUUACAUGCAGGUAAUGUGGACCCUCAGCAGUCUUCUCUUUCACAGCUGGACUUGAAAGGGGAUGAUCUGGAGUUGACACUGUCUGUCUUUGAACGGGCUCUGGACAACAGCAAAGUCCCAAAGGCCCAGUGGGGGACGAAGUUCUCACAGUUACUUUGUAUAAAGAGAGCAGAUAAGGAUGCUCACAUCCCCUCUAACCAGCUGAGUUAUGAAGCAUUAAAAGCAGAUGUAAGAAAGCAGGCAAGUGCCUCCGAGUAUCAGGGUUGGAGGGACUUCAAUGAGGUCCAGUAUGACCCUCAAAGAGGCAUUUGUGAGCUAAAACUUGGGGUGGAGGAGGCAGCCAAAAAGUGGCUUCAGCCUGAGAGAUGCAGCGCUGAGGAGGUGGUGAUGAAAGUGGCCCUGCAGAAAUUCCUUUCCGCCCUCCCACCAGGUGCUAUUCAGAAGACGGGCAAACAGCAGCCAAGAAACAUGGAGGAGGCUGCUAUCUUGGCUGCUGGCUUCCUAGAUGAGAGCAGAGGUAAAAGAGGCACAGAAAGAGACAGAGAGGACUGUGAGACACAUGCUGAACAUGUGUACUCAAGAGAUUGUAUGAACUCAAAUGAGACGAUUAAGAUGGAUCCUGAAACAGUGUACCAGUCCGAUUGCCAGAGUAUGGAAGUUAGGAUUGGGAAUGAGCAUUUUGAAGAGGAGCAGAACUGUUCAGAAGUUGUAUUAAGCCCAACACUGGUUGACACAAAGCCUGUAUUAAAUACUGAAGAAAUGCCGCUUGUUAGGAAUGAUGUACCGCUUGUUAGGAAUGAUGAUCAGAUUUUGCUACCUGGUGCUUGCUACAGUGGCAGGUCAGCUGUGACUUCACCAAGGCUUGGAAGUAAGAAUGGAGAUGUAAACACCAUGACGGACACAAAGUUAAAACGUGUGUUCGAUUGUUCAGAAUGUGGUAGUAAGUUCAAAAGAUUUGACCACCUGAGAAAACACAUAUGUACUCCUGGGAAAAGUCUGGGGUGCAAUCAGUGUGAUCAGCGCUUCCCCUCCCUCACCCAGUUAACAAACCAUCUACGCAUCCAUCGAAAAAUGUUACACUGUCCUGAGUGCAACAAAGCCUUCCGUGACCGUUUCAACCUCCGCAGCCAUCAGCGCACUCACACAGGGGAGCGUCCUCAUAUCUGCCUGGACUGUGGCUCAGCGUUUGCUCAGGAGCGAGGGCUACAGGAGCACCGCAACAUCCACACAGGCGAGAAGCCCUUCCAGUGCUCAGUGUGCAGGAAAGGCUUUCGCCACAGCCGUACGCUUGCCAAACACGUGGUCGUCCACUCGGAAGCUAGGCCUUUUAAAUGCACUGACUGCCCCAGAACUUUUAAAAUUAAAGACAACUUGAAGCAGCAUCAAAAGAAAAUGGGCCACGGCAUUUUCUCAUGAACAAACUAUGACACUCGCACAAACGCACUACUAAAUUAAGCAUGCAAUGAUGUCUAAAAAUGGUAAUAGUAGAUACUACU